GCAAAUUUUCUACAGCCUCUCUCCUAACAGCCAUCAGCUUCUCCCCUCCCCGGCGCCUCAUCGGGAUCACGGGGUCCCUGUGGCGGAAAUAAAAAAAAUGUUUUUUUUCGGGAGUUAAUGUGUCAGUGUUGGUUUUGGAACCGGCCAGCCCGGGACAUCGCUCCUUACAAAGGCUGCGCACCAGCUCAGGCCGGGGCCCAGAGAAGAGCGGCAGACACACGGCGACAUUUUUGUUUUUUAAAAAAAACGGUGUUGGGACCUCCUUCAAUGAUGUAACUUCUUAAUUUGCCGAUAUUUUGAAAGAGGGAUGGAAGGCGAUGAUAAUAAAUCGUCAAGUCCGGGAGCCAGGCAAGAGUUUCUGGCAACGUCGCAGGUGGCUGGAAGUCCCACAAGCCAAAGCGGACAACACACUCCUGAAAACAGAACUGGCUACAGACCAGCAUGGGAUGAAGAAAAGGAACUUGACUGGAAUUCUGCAUCACUGAUGGAAGGAACGCAAGGCCACUGUGCAGGAAGGUCAGAGAACCAAACCUGGGAUUGGUCUUCGGAGUCGGACACGGAUGCUUUUGAUUUGGACAGCACCGUGUCUGAGGAGGAGCUAAAUGAAGAAUAUGACUAUCUCAGGUCUCUGCUGCAGAUCAUUGGGAAACCUCCCCCAUUUCGUUAUUAUACUGAAUUUGAAAAUGCAAUGAACGGUCCAAGAAUAGAGAGCUCUUUCCCUCUUCUGCAUGCUGGAGCCGGUGUGUACCGUCCAGGUGAGAUCAUCGGUGAUGUGUAUACUGAAAAAUUUGAGACUGCUCACCCUCUCAACUGUAGACCCAUUGAUGUUGACCAAGUUUGUUCCAAGAAAGAUUGUGAAGAAGGAAGAGAGUCUCCCAACCGUGGGGAUCUUGGAUUGUCAUUGGACCAAGAUGUAUCUUCAACAGUUAACAGUGCUGACGAGGGAGAAUCAUCGAGCUCAGGCAGUGUUUCCCAGAACAAAAAGGCAAGGUAUUCGGGUGUCGUUGCCCCAUUCGCCACGAGGACAUUAUCACAUCCGUCUUUCCAAUCUUUUUACACCGCUGUUUCGUAUCGGCAGAGACAGAGACCGAUCACAGAAACCAGCAGCUCCACCUUCAAGAACAAAGAUUCCGUCGAUUCCUGCUCAUCAGCUGACUCUAAGGCAAAAUAUGAAGCCACGGGCUUCCAUUCCCAAGCAAUUAACAUGCCCGCUCUCCACCAGUGUGAGUUUUUCUACACUGACCCAAUGCUGCCUUCCGGUUAUCGAGUUUACAACCAUCUUUCGCUUCCCACACGCCAGAUGCUUCAGGGUUUACAACUGAACUCUCCUCCUCCUAUCAUGUCCACAUGUGUGGCUCCAACGAACAUUCAGAGAACGGUACCAAGUCCCGCUUCUCCCCAUCGGAACGGGUGUGAGGGGCAGAACAGGCCCAUAUCUAAAGUGGAGCAUGAUGCCAUCAGCACCUUGCUUGAACUCAAGCAUUGUGCUCCGUUGGACUGCGCAGAGGCUGAAACACCAUCGUGCUCACUGGAGAGCGAGGGUAUUCUUCAGCCAGAGGCUAAAGUUAAUGGCAUUCAUUUAUCAGGCAAUUCAGGAACCUCAGGUAUAAAGGAUGGUGAUGGAACUGAGCCAACGCAACUCUCGUUUCUUCAUGACUUUAACAGCUCAUCAUUAAGGUCUCAUCAUGACUUGGAACUUACUAAAAUGCAUCACGUAUCCUUGGCUGAUUGUAAAUACUCCACUCCCCCUCCUAAGUAUCACGAUCAUACUUGGGAAUCCAGAGUAAAUGGCACAUCCACGGGGACUGAGGUUAAAGUGUUUGACCCAGUGAUGUCAAGAGACAUUUUGCCAGUGGUGGCUCAAGAGACUGAAAUUGGCAGGUGUGAUUUCCUUGCUGAGUCCAGCCAUUCUGAAAAGAUCCAAUCGAACUGGGAGGAAAGACAAGCCACGUGUUCUAAGCAACAGUUUAUAUGAUGUUGAACCUGUUUUAUAUUAUUUUCUUGUGGAAAACGCACAAAUUAUUUCUGCCCUGUUAAAUUGUUUCUCCGAGCUCCCACCAUAAUUAAAGAAAUGGUACAUGUAACAACGUUCCAGGGGUUCACAACCUGGGGUCGAUGGACCCCUUCCUUAAUGGUAUCGGUCCAUGGCAUAAAGGUUGGGAACUCCUGAUUGAUGUGAUUGAAAUGUGUGAUCAUUGCUUCUCUAGAGUUGGAAGCCAAUUAGCAAUUCUACUGAAAUGAAUCUUUAGUUCCCAAAAACUCAAUACCCAGUUAUUCUGGUAACCACUGGUGAACAUACAGAAAUAAUCCUGACAAUAAUUAAAGAUGUUAAGGGCCUUGUUUUGAUGUUCUGAAGGGUUUAGUUAGUCUAUUUUGUGAUCAAAGGAGCAGAAUUUAAUGAAAGGGUUAACUGAGAAAUAUUAUAGGGUCUCACAAUGGCUGAAAAGAGUCUGCUUCUAAGGAGUGUGCAGGACUGAAGGACGGUAAAGUUGACACACAGCUAUGUGGCAUAUUGGAGGUGAUCGAACCGGAGAGUGAAAGAGGCAAACCGGAGCGUGAUUGAACAACGAGCGAGUUUCAGUCUCAUUCAUUCAUUCAUUCAAUUUUUCUUUAUAUAAGGUCUGAACAUGUUUGGAGUGAUGUCAAAAGUUUCUUUUAUUUAUUCAAUUUUCAAGAUGUGGAUUUUGCUGACAAGCUCAUCCCUAAUUGGCAUGAGAGUGGGGGUGAGCUGCCAACUCAAGCCACUGCAAUCCUGAAGGUGAUGCUUUUCAAUUUCGUUUGGACGGAAUUCCAGGAUUUAGAAGCAGUGACAAUUAAGGAACUACAGUAUAUUCCAAGUCAGGAAUGUAUGGGGGUGGGAGAGCUCUCUGACACUGUAUAUUGGGAAUUUUCGGCAAGGAACUUUGAGGUAACAGUUGCACACAUAUUUUUAGUAGUGCCAGUAAGAUUACUGACCAAAUAUCUGUGGUUCAAGCCCAAGUCAUUUAAAAUGUCAUGCAAAAUUGUUUCCACUAUUGUCAGUUUGUGGGGAAAUAAAUCUCAUUUGACAAAUGGCUUGUUUAGCCCACACAAUAAUUAUUAUUAUUUACAAGUAUCUAGUUUACACAUCAACAUAUGUAGAAGUCUGCUUGGGUAUAAAAUUGGCUAAUCCCAAUCUGAGUUUUGCCCAAGUGUUUUCUCCUCCCCUGUACUUGCCAUUAUUUGUAAAUAUAAGAACUUGUAUUAGUGUCAGACUAGCGCUAAAAAUUCGUCAAAACAGUCAUCCAUUCUGAUCAGAGCCAAAUAGGCAGAUUCCUAACAGUAGCAUCCCAGUUUGUAUUUGCCAGUGCACCACACCUCUGGAGUGAACACAAUGGAGGUUAUUUUUGUGAACUGACUUUUGAGUAGAGACCCAGACACAUGAAAGUUCUGCUUUAUUUUAUGCUGUUACUUUAUUUACAAGGGAUUUGCAAACCCUCUUUGUAGAGUGAAGUUUGUUGUAAGGAUUGUUGUAUGUAGAGAAAAUUGACUCUUUGGAAUGCUGUCCAGAUAAGUGAAGUGAAACAGCAGAAAUGCAGCCUACAGUGGCAUACAAGUGUUAUUGACACUGUAGUUUUAUUUUUAGUCACAUGAAUGUACGUAGUUUGUUCUUUAAGUUUUGGCCCAUUAAAGGGUAGAAGAAU